AUGCCACGACCCAAGCGAGCGCGUCGCGCACCAACUCAACCAGUCGCAGCCGUGCCCGCCGCCGCGCCUGAAGCAAGAUCGAGCCCCGCGCCCGCCUCGGGCAGCGACAUCUACAGCCACAGCGAUCGCGAACAUUCUGUCAUCAGGAAGGAGCUUGCAGAGGAGGACACAUCUCUUUUCAAGGAAGGCCCGUCUACGCGCCUAGGCAGGAGUUCUAGCUUGCGCCAGAGGCAGGUGCCAGCCAAGGCGGGUCAUGCAUGGGACGACAAUAUUAGCAAGCUGCAGGACGCAGUCGAGACGGCGGCUUCCAAAGGAAAGACUUCAAGCGAGCAGCAGAAAUCAGAUUCGUCGGUCGAAGUGGGACGGAAGACUCGCGCGACGCCUGUUCAGCAGCGCAGAGACACGACGGGGUUGGAUCUGGACGACGAGAUGUUUACAGGGCUUGACACUACUAUCGGCGACGACGACGAUGAUGCCGCUGCGCCUCCAAGUGCGCCGCGGUCUGAAGCCUCAAACAUCAGUGUCAGUCACUUUAGACGGAAGGGUCGCGGUCGCGCGCCGAGUAUCAGUAUCAACAAGGACGAUGCGCCCAUUAGACCAAGCAGUCGCGGGGUCGGUGGUACGCCGAGCAUUAGCUCGACCUUCAACAUCGGUGUUUUCAAACGCCGUCAACGAGAACCGAGUAUUUUGGGCACGGCGCAGAAGGAGCGCGCACAGCGGCCUAUUGAGUUAUCAUCCGGAUCCGAGUCCGAUGACGAGGACGGUGAAGACUUUGAACCCGAGGCCGAGUCGACGCCUCUUCAGAAUCGCCGCAGAACACAACCUCCAGCAACUGAGCUGGAGUCAGAGUCGCAGCAGGUUCUGGCGCCGGAUUCCCAGCCCGCCGAGAAAGAUGCUGAGCCAACAAGCGCCAGCUCACGGAAGCGGAAGAGCAUAGAAAGUCACGAGGACGCUGAGCGUCCGGGAAAGGUGUCGCGGACUGAAUCUGAGCCCGCGCCUGAGUUGGAUGAUGACGAUGACAGUGAUUCGGAGCUCUCUGAGCUGCCUUCUCCUGUUCUGACUCCCACAAGGCCUUCUGCUUUCCCGCGGCCAUCCACUCCGAAUCAAGAGGACAUUAUGGCACCUCCUGAGAGCAGUGACUCGGAAGAUAAUAACGAGGCGUGGCCAGACAUUCGCACACUUGCCAAACAGCGCCGCCGCCAAGCGCCAGUCACGCCAACGCGGGAUGGCAACAUCUCCGAUGCCUCCUCGCCGCCUUCUCUCACCCACUCGCCCAACUUCCCGGCGACAAGGAAUAAGUCUAAACAGAAGAAGCAGGCCAAGGCACCGAAGGUUACAACUGCUGAUUUGACGGGCUUGCUGCCGCGUAGGCGCGCCAAGAAGCAUCGAGGAGACCCCUAUAGCAUGGAUAACUCUGACGAUGAGGAGGCACGCAACUCCGAUGCCUCCCAGGAUGACGACGAGCUUUCAUACGCAGAUACAAGAACUCGCUCACGGCGGGCAAAGAUAACGCCUCUCAACCGCAGCACAGCCAACAGGCCACCGUCUCGUGGCGGUCGAGCCGCAGCGGCGGCAGGAAAGGCGAAAGCAGCGGCGCCAACCACUCGCGCAUCUACGCGCACUUACAGCCGCAGGCUUUCGGACAAGGAGAACGAGGGCGAGGGCGAGGGCGAGGGGAACGCUGAGGCUGAGGGGGCUGAAGCAGAGAUUGGAACAGAACCCGAAGCGGGAAUCGAGGGUGACAGCUUCGCCCCCGUCCGAGACGACGUUCUCGAGAGCCAAGAGAGCAGCGAUCCGGCGCGCAGUGCCGAUGAGCUGAAGAAGGCAACACGCAAGUUUAGGGAAGUUGACCGCUGGCAGCUCGAGUUUGAAGAAAUGACAGAGGGGUCAUCGCCCAAUCGAGAUGCGCGGUGA